GUUUGGAUUGAGAUUGGACCUUGAGGAUCCUCUUAACAAUCUUUUGUUCUUCAAUCAAGAAAGCCUGGACGAUACAGUCUCUCAUGCAUCUAGCACAACGACUACCACUAGAGCUGGAAUUCCUGUAAGCCUGUACCCACAAACACCACAGUGA